UCGGAGCAACAAUCCGUUUCUCAUCCGCACGCACCUUUCGAAAUUUCGGAAGGUUUGUGGUUUGUUAUCAGUUCUGUAAAGCACCGUCAUCGCAGGUCGCAGGCGGAAGAACAGUACGAGGCAACGGCAACGGAGGCAUCGCAUCGGGUCGUGGUGAAGAGUGAAAGGAGCAGAACCGGAUCUGCACUGCCAACAUGUCAGAAAACAAGAGCCCAAUCAAGUAUUUCCUGUCGGGAGGGUUCGGCGGAGUGUGUACGGUGCUGGCGGGGCAUCCGCUGGAUACGAUCAAAGUGCGCCUGCAAACGAUGCCGCUUCCGGCGGCGGGUCAGGCCCCGCUGUACGCCGGCACGCUGGACUGUGCUAAGAAAACGAUCGCUCGCGAGGGCUUUCGGGGCCUGUACAAAGGCAUGUCGGCACCCAUCACCGGCGUAGCUCCGAUCUUUGCCGUCAGCUUCUUCGGGUUCGGCGUGGGCAAGCGCCUACAGCAAAAAACGCCGGACGAGGAACUGUCGUACGGGCAGCUAUUUGCAGCCGGCGCCUUUUCCGGAAUCUUCACCACGACGGUGAUGGCCCCGGGCGAGCGGAUCAAAUGCUUGCUGCAGAUACAGCAGGGAGGCAACACGCCCCAGAAGUACAGCGGGAUGGUAGACUGCGCCAAGCAGCUGUAUGCCGAGGGUGGCAUGCGUAGCAUCUACAAGGGCGCAUUUGCCACGUUGCUGCGCGAUGUGCCCGCGUCCGGAAUGUAUUUCCUCACGUACGAGUAUAUCCAGCGGGCGCUGGCACCGGCACCGGGCGUCAAACUGGACGCGUCGAUCGCACUGCUAGGAACCAUCUUUGCCGGGGGCAUGGCCGGCAUAGCUAACUGGGCGAUCGGAAUGCCGGCUGACGUGCUCAAAUCGCGGCUGCAAACCGCACCCGAGGGCACCUACCCCAAGGGUAUUCGGGACGUCUUCCGGGAGCUGAUGAAGAACGAGGGACCACUGGCCCUGUACAAAGGUGUGACGCCCGUGAUGCUGCGAGCAUUCCCCGCCAAUGCCGCCUGCUUCAUCGGCGUGGAAGUGUUCAUGAAGUUCCUCAACGUCGUUGCGCCGGGUCUGUAACACGGAAAGAAUCAUCGGGGACUCUUCCUGGUCUCUCUACGUUAGCACUACGUUAGCGCGUUGCACUCCGCCUGUGGCCUCAGCGAACAAUGGGGAACGACGGGGGAACAAUCUCCCCGCUGGUUCGGGAACAUUGCAGAGCGAGGACAGUUUAAAAGUGACACCCAAUCAUUAUAUUGCGUUAUUUUUGUAAUAAAAUGUUAUCGAUUGUAGAAUCUGGCUUCGCGUGCGACUCGUCCUCCAGCAGAC